AUGGCAACCUCAGAGGUCGGGUCGAGUAGUGAUGCUGCACCAACAUCACAACGUGAGUAUGAUGUGUUAUUGAAUUUCAGAGGAAAGGACACUCGUUAUGGAUUCACAGACUUCCUCUAUGAAUACUUAGUAGAUGCCGGGGUCCAUGUGUUCAGGGAUGAAGAAGAACUCCCGUUUGGUGAAGUGAUUAGUGAGAAACUUCAACAAGCUAUCAAGAACACCAUGAUCUACAUACCCAUUUUCUCUCAGACUUAUGCUUCCAGUAAAUGGUGCCUCCGUGAGUUGGUGCUCAUGGUAGACUACGUGUCCAAGUCAAAGGGUGAAAAAACUGAUUUUAGGAAACACCGGGAGAACUUCGGUGAUGAAGUCGAGGCAUGGAAAGGAGCUCUUAGAAAGGCAGAUGAACGAAAGGGAUGGGUCAUAAAAAAGGACCAAAGCCAAGCAACGAUUCUCAGAUUAAUUGUUGAAAAGGUUUUGGUGGAGCUGAAGGUAAAACAAAAAUUAGUGACCGAACAUUUAGUUGGCCUUGAUGAUCGGAUAAAAGACUUGACAAAGUUAUUAGAUGUCAACCAAGAUGAUGUGCGGCUCAUUGGAAUUUACGGAAUGGGUGGUGUCGGUAAAACAACCGUUGCCAAGGUCAUCUUCAAUCAACUAUCUUCCCACUUUGGAAAGUAUUGUAGCUUCCUUGAGGGCAUUCGAGAAAGGUCGACCAAAGAGAGCAUAGUCCAGUUGCAGAGGAAAUUGCUAUGUGACAUUGUUUCUUCUGGGUCUGUCGGAAAAUUUGAGGAUAGUGAAGAAGGAAUGAGGAGGAUUGGAGAAACACUCGGCAAUAAGAAAAUCCUUGUGGUUCUAGAUGAUGUCAAUAAAAAAGAGCACAUUAAGAAACUAAUAGGAAAUAAUUCAUUAUAUUCAGGAUCCAGGAUAAUUAUUACAACAAGAAAUACAACUAUUCUACAAGUUGAGGGAUUUAAAGGUGAAAUUCUACUAUAUGAGAUGCUAAAGAUGGAUGAUGAUCUUGCACUUCAACUUUUUUAUCAGCAUGCCUUUGGUGGAGAAUUUCCUUCAGGCAAUUAUCGUUGGCUUUCAAGUGAAAUUGUUUCACAUGCAGGAGGGCUUCCUUUGGCAAUUACAGUGAUAGGUUCGUUACUAAAGGAAAAGGAUGAAGAAUUUUGGAAAGAGACGUUGGUUAGGUUAACGAAAGUACCUGAGAAAGAGAUUUUAGAGAAGUUGAGGAUUAGCUAUGAUGACCUAGACGAACAUCAACAACAAAUUUUUCUCGAUAUAGCAUGCUUCUUCUUCAAUGAAAAUAAGAUUGAUGCCAUUUACAUAUGGACUAAAUUUUAUCCAAGAAGAGGAAUUAAAGUCCUUAUCGAGAGGUGCUUGAUAAAGAUAUUGGACAAUGAUAAGUUGUGGAUGCAUGAUCAACUAAUAGACCUAGGAUGGCAAAUUGUCCAUGAAGAAAGUCCGAGUGACCUUGGAAAGAGGAGUAGGUUGCCAAUUGCAAAAGAGACCCUUGAAGUCAUAAGAACUGAAGAGAGAAAGGACAAGGUUCAAGCCCUUCAAAUAGACGGACGGGAUGCCAUAGAGAUUACAAAUGAAGAAUUUGAAAGGCUACAAAACUUAAGAUUCCUCAAGUUACAUAAUGGAACUUUUGUUGGGGACUUUGCAACAUGUUGUUCGAAGUUGAGUUGGAUUUCUUGGCAACCUCCAUUUCGGGAGUUUGAGGCAGAUAACAUGUAUUUGGAUCAUCUUGUUGUUUUUAAACUUGGCAAGAAUGACUUCACAGAUAAUUCAAAAGCAUGA